AAUUGGAAGUAUGAGUUUUUGAAAGCCCAAAAACCUAAAUAGAAACAAACGGACUCCUCCACAUAAGCCACCGUCUUCCUCCUCUGUUUCUUAUCCCUCUCCACCUCCUCCCAUGGCGGCCGCCGCGCUCAACCUCCCUUCUCUCUCUUCCUCUCCCUCUCCCUCUCCCUCUCUCUCUCAUCCCACACAUUUCCUUCCGACCCCUCUUUCCUUCUCCUCGAAAUCUCUUCCGAAAUCCCACUCAUUCCAUUCCCAUUCCCUUCCCAAACCCCUCCUCGUCGCCGUUGCCGCCGCUGCCAAAUCCCCCAUCUCUCACUUCUUCUCCGAUGACGAUUCCGACGACAAGCCGCGUGAGGAGUGCGGCGUGGUCGGAAUCUACGGCGACCACGAAGCCUCUCGCCUCUGUUAUUUAGCCCUCCACGCUCUCCAACAUCGCGGCCAAGAAGGCGCCGGUAUCGUCUCCGUCAACGACGACGUCCUUCAAUCCGUCACCGGCGUUGGCCUUGUCUCUGAGGUUUUCAAUCAAACCAAACUCGAUCAAUUACCUGGCGAUUCUGCUAUUGGCCAUGUUCGUUACUCCACGGCUGGAGCUUCCAUGCUUAAGAAUGUCCAACCCUUCGUUGCUGGAUAUCGAUUCGGCUCUGUUGGGGUUGCUCAUAAUGGUAAUUUGGUUAAUUAUGGUUCUCUUAGAGCUAAACUUGAAGAUUCUGGUUCCAUUUUCAAUACUAGUUCUGAUACUGAAGUUGUUCUUCACCUUAUUGCAAUUUCUAAACAAAGGCCGUUCUUAUUGAGAAUUGUGGAUGCUUGUGAACAGCUUGAAGGAGCUUAUUCAAUGGUGUUUAUUACUGAAGAUAAAUUGGUAGCUGUACGUGAUCCUUAUGGAUUUAGGCCUUUAGUUAUGGGUAGGAGAAGUAAUGGCUCUGUUGUGUUUGCUUCUGAAACUUGUGCUCUAGAUUUAAUUGAAGCCACAUACGAUAGAGAAGUGUUUCCUGGUGAAGUUUUGGUAGUUGAUAAAAAUGGGAUUCAAUCCCUUUGUUUAAUGGCUCAUCCACAGCCAAAAUCAUGCAUAUUUGAACACAUAUACUUUGCUCUACCGAACUCUGUUGUUUUCGGGCGUUCUGUCUACGAAUCCCGCCGAGCAUUCGGCGAGAUACUUGCAACCGAAGCCCCUGUCGAUUGUGAUGUCGUGAUAGCCGUACCAGAUUCAGGAGUAGUAGCUGCUCUUGGCUAUGCAGCCAAAGCUGGUGUUGCUUUCCAACAAGGGCUCAUAAGGUCACAUUACGUUGGGAGGACAUUCAUAGAGCCAUCGCAAAGGAUUCGUGACUUCGGCGUAAAGCUAAAGUUGUCGCCGGUUCGAGCAGUGUUGGAAGGGAAGAGAGUCGUGGUCGUGGAUGACUCGAUUGUUAGAGGCACCACAUCUUCAAAGAUUGUGAGGCUGUUAAAGGAAGCAGGGGCUAAAGAAGUGCAUAUGAGGAUAGCUAGCCCUCCAAUUAUUGGAUCAUGUUAUUAUGGAGUUGAUACCCCAAGUGCUGAAGAACUGAUAUCAAACAGGAUGAGUGUUGAUGAAAUAAGAGAGUUUAUUGGCUGUGAUUCACUUGCUUUUCUGCCAUUUGAUAGCUUAACGAAGCUUUUAGGCAAUGAUUCUUCAAACUUUUGCUAUGCUUGCUUUUCAGGGAACUACCCAGUUGAGCCAAGAGAGAUCAAAGUGAAAAGGGUUGGAGAUUUUGUUGAUGAUGGCUUGAAUGGGAGCUUGGAAUCCAUUGAUGGAGGAUGGGUUCAAGCUAACAGACAUCAAAAUCUUGAAAAUCAUCUCAAAGUGGAGAAGGUUGGGGGCGUUUGAUCUGAUAUUUUUACUUUAAACUUGAUUCAUCUUGUUUUUGUCUUUGUUUCUCUUAUAUCCUUCACAGUUGGAGAGUUAUAGAAGUGAUUUGUGAUUGGAAGAAUGCAUGAUUUAGAGUAGUGUUCUAAGUUAUGUGAUGAUUAAUGGGCUCUGCAAAAUGGUUUCUUAUGUCAAUUUUGCAUUAUUUGUUACUCGAAAUGUUGUAUAGUCAGACGGUUGUUGUUCUUGUUAUUUGUUUAUCUGAAUAUUGUAUAGUUGGACGGUUUUUCUUA